AUGGAUGCUGGGCUUCAAGCUCCACCUUCACGAGUCAGUCUGACCGAGGGCCAUACCACCGAUCAGGAAUCUGUCGUAUGGGAUACCACGAUCGCGCGUGAUGAUGGCGAGAAGCUCUUCUCCGUCGAAGGCCCGGGGGUUUACAGCUCGAUGACGCUGAGGCGACAUUUAAAGGAUGCCUCGGGCCGGCCAGUCUUUGACCUACGGCGCAAGAUCGGGUGGCUUGUAGAAGAUGCCAGGGGCAAUAAGAUCACCGAGCUUUCCUAUAAGAAAUUCUUCACCUCCUCCGGCGCGCUGGUCGAAAUACGACCGCGCGAUAUAAUAGGGAUAACAAAGUAUGUUAACAUUAGCAAUGCGACGAUUACGGAGAUUUCGGUCCAUUCAAACAACAUCAAGAAGGGUUUGAUGCGGGAUCGCGAUAUCUCGGUCUUUCGCGUUCGGGUCGUCUUCAUGGCACUUAUUCGAGCGGAGAUGGCGCAUGUUUGGCAGAAAUAG